AUGGCAACGACACCAACGACUGCUCGAGGAUGGACUUCACUGUUGAAAUUUGGCCACGAUUCCAGAUGCGGUUUGACACCGCAAAAACGGAGAGCCAGCGUCAUUGGUUGCUUGCUUUUCGGCACCACUUGCUGCUAUCUUGGAUCCGAGCGCAUUUCGAAAAUACCUCCUGACUCUGUAGCCAGAAGACAAUCCACAAGGAUCAUCGCUAAUUCCAACGGUGCCGGUAUCAGUUCUACCAAGCUUCCUGCCGGACUGCUCCCGACACCUCUCUUUUCGGAACACUUCAUCCAGCUUGACCAUGAGAACGACAACGACCAUGUCAAUGCCACCCUUCCACCACUGGAUACGCUCGUCUCAAGAUCUAUAUCCACCAACCCUGCACAAAUUGUCAAGAAUGUCGACUUUCUCUUGGACUUUGCCAUUGUGGGCUUUGCCAAUAAUCAAGAUGAUUCCAGUGCUACCACGACCACUACAACUCUCCCCAAACUCAUUCGACCACCCAGGCAUGAACCGCUGUGGCUCCGAGAUCAAAAACCGGCCAAGGCAGUGAGUGUCCUUUACCGUUAUGCUCAAGCCGAACAAAAGCAACGACAAGAACGACUGCUCUUGCCACACCAAAAGGCACUCAAGGGAUACAAGAAUCCCAGUGAUAUCCAGUACGCGAUCUACUCUCCAAGAAUUGGCCCCACGCCAAACUCAUUUGUCACAGUACGGCAUCCCGUGCAAUGGAUUGCCUCCAUUUACAAUUACUGCUACUACAUGAUUGAAAAGUCGGGACGGUUUCAUGAGAAGUUGAUCGCAUCCGAUCUGCUCUCGGCACCACGGGAUGGCAUCCUCGCAUGCCCCAUCGGGUCUUUUUCAUGGAAACACGACAAUUGGUCCGAGUCAAAGAAUAAUACGACCCGAUUGCAACAAUUUGUGCAAGAUUUGGAAGAUUACCUGGGAUUGCCACGCCACUAUUUGGAUCCCCGACCACUGCAUACUAUCCGACCCUAUUCGCAAGACAUUACCACCAACCUGGACGACUAUCGCAUGGAUAUCUGUGCCCCACAAUGGGCCCCCGUCUUGGACGAAAUGACGAAGAUUUUCACGGGUGGCAUCACCUUGGUUGCGACGGUACUUGAUCAAGAGCCCGGAUGUUGUAGGUCGUCUCCCGAGUAUUUGGAACAAUUGUUGAAAGAUUGGAUGAUCAAUCCAUGUGACAAAAAUGUGCCGAAUAACAAUGAUGAGAGACAAAAGAAAAAAUGCCAUUCUAGCCAAGAGGAAGCUGCGGGAGAAAUCCCCGGGUCCUUGAUUUUCUAA